AUGCUUCUUGGCAAAUCCUACAGAUUGCUCGGAGCCAUGCAGUUCGAAUCGGGAUUUCCUGCUUUCGCAGUGACACACUGCUUCAGCACUCUUUGUCUGGUGUCUGACGGCACACACAAGACAACUGGGUCUGGAACACCAGUGCAUUCUUUUCUUAACGGCGAAAACCAGCUUCGCGGGCUGAUAAACUCGAAUGAUGCUUUAAGAUUUUGCCCAGGAAAACUUGGGGUUGUACAAGAGCCCGCUCGUUUCGACCGUAUCAACCAGGAUUAUAGUCGUCAAUGA